CAAGAUCGGAGUCGGGAGGCGGGCAGAAGCCUGGAGACGCUCCACGGGCAGUGAAAAAUGGUGGCGUUUUCCGGAAGAUCGAGGGUGCCCUCUGGCGAAGCGAGGCCGCCAGUGAAGGAGCUCGGCUGGCUAUCAGCCCAUCUCCUAUGGAUCUCAGCCAGUGUCAGGGACCCGGCCAGUGAUAUUGACUUGGAGAUUUCAUAUGAAGAGUCAAUGAAGACACAACUUAAAUGCCCCAUUAGGCUGGGAAUUUGUGGAGCAGCGUUGGCGAGUUUUAAUAACCAGAGGUUGCUUCCAGAUGUCAAGCAAGGCAGAUUUAAGAAAGAUUCGGUAGUUUGGAGGAUGGCACACAGAAUCCAGGAACCAUGCUGCGUACCCUUUAAAAAUUGCGAUGGAGGGGCGGGGCUGUUAGCAGGGACGCGGCUGGGCCAGUCGGUUUCCAGGAAGUGACGUCAGGCGGCCGCGGAGAUGGAGGAUUUGCUGGACUUGGACGAGGAGCUGCGCUACAGCUUGGCUACCUCCAGGGCCAAGAUGGGUCGCCGAGCUCAACAGGAGUCAGUGCAGGCCGAGAAUCACCUCAAUGGCAAGAAUUCCUCUUUGACUCUGACUGGAGAGACUUCCUCUCCUAAAUUACCUCGCUGCCGACAGGGAGGCUGGGCAGGUGAUUCCGUGAAGGCUUCGAAGUUUAGGAGGAAGGCUUCUGAAGAAAUAGAAGAUUUUCGCCUCAAACCACAGAGCCUGAAUGGAUCAGAUUAUGGAGGAGAUAUUCCUAUCAUUCCGGAUCUGGAGGAAGUACAGGAAGAAGACUUUGUUUUGCAGGUGGCAGCCCCUCCCAGCAUCCAGAUAAAGCGGGUGAUGACCUACCGUGACCUGGACAAUGACCUCAUGAAGUACUCAGCCAUUCAGACAUUGGAUGGGGAGAUCGACCUGAAACUCCUCACCAAAGUGCUCACGCCAGAGCACGAAGUCCGGGAGGAUGACGUCGGCUGGGACUGGGACCAUCUGUUCACUGAGGUGUCCUCAGAGGUCCUCACUGAGUGGGACCCACUGCAGACGGAGAAGGAGGACCCUGCGGGGCAGGCCAGGCACACCUGAGCCCGUCACCCAUGCUCUAGACGUGAAGAAAUGCAAUGUGCUUAAAGCUAAAGAAGCUUGUAAGCAGCUCCGAAUUUUUACCUGGAAUAUUUUGUAAUAAAAAUAUUUAUAUUCAGUCAACCACAUUGGAUAAUUCAAUUGCAAUAAAUUGUUUAUUCUGUGCCAUCUCCUCCA